UUACUUUACAUUUUAGUUGGUAUAAUUCAGGAAGGCUAUGGAUUCCAUAAACUUUUGGUAAUGUGUAAUCAUGUUCAAAAUUAGAGUCCGGGUUGUGAUCGGUGUGAUGAUAUUCUUUGGUUACUUCCUUAUAUAUAUCGUCCGAUACAAUCUCAGUGUCCAUAUUAUUGAUAUGGUACAAAUAUCAAAAAGGGAAGAAUUUUAUAUGCCAUACAAUGGGACGUUUUUAAAUGGUAUAUAUACGGGAGCUAGAUCUGGAAUACUUGACUUGAUAAGUUGGGACGACAUGAAUGUAGCCAGAAUAUUUGCGGCCUAUCAUAUAGGAUAUUGCAUUUGUUUUCCCAUAUUUCAUAACGUUGGUGAUAGGCUGGGACCUAAAUGGGUGAUCGGAAUAGCGGGUCUAAUAUCAGGUAUUUUAAAUUGUCUGACGCCUGCGGCAGCGUAUUCAAAUUUUUGGGCGCUUUUCUUCGUGCGAACAAUAAAAGGAUUUUGUGCAGGCGCUAUGCAACCAAGCAUGGUACAAAUAUUAAGACAUUGGGUACCACCAGUUGAAAGAAAUCAUUUUAUGUGGGCUUAUUGUGGAAUUACAACGGGGACCUUUUCAACAUUUUUAAUAUGUGCUGGCGUACAAUAUUAUUCUAGCUGGCCAAUAGGAUUUUAUAUAUCUGGUGGAACACAGAUUACUUGGUCGGUUUUAUGGAUUCUUAUUGUAACUGACUACCCGAGAUUGCAUCCAUGCAUAUCAACCGAAGAACUGACUUAUUUAACUGAUACAAUCGGGAAUAUUUUCGCGAUUAAGCUAACGAAUUUACAAGCUCCAUGGACGUUGAUAUUGAAAUCGGUAUCAUUUUGGGCAGUUUGUAUUCUGAAUUUUGGAUACGCGUGGAUGAUAAUUUCUGUUUGUAUACAUGGUCCUAUUUAUUAUUCUAAAGUGGUAAAAUAUGAUAUUUAUCAGGCGUCUGUAUUGACUGCAUUGCCGUUUUUCCUGAGACUAAUCUUAGGCACUAUCGUAAUACAAACUUUUCAUUGGUACAAACACAAUAGGAAAUUCAAGCGCAUCAAGAAUAUUAGAAAAUAUUUUAUAGUCGUAUCACAUGUAUUACCAGGAAUGAUCGUCGCAUUUUCAUGGUUUUUACCUGUGGUUCCGGGCCCUGUUUUAUUGACUAUAGCCGUCGCAUUAACCGCUGCUGGAAUGGAUCUUACUUUGGAUCUUUGUUAUGAAUUAACGCCGACCUUUGUGAAUUCUCUUCAUACAGUAAUAAAAAUUAUUGGCCACACCUCUGGAAUAAUAGUAUCAUUAUGUGUUGGUCAAGUUACUCAGAAGUAUAAAAAUAUUCCGGUAACUUGGAAGCAUAUUUGGUGUUUCCAUGCUACAGUAUUAUUUAUCAGCGGAUUUAUUUUCCUUAUUUGGGGCGAAACAGAAAUACAGCCGUGGCAUUAUUCGAGAAAAAGAGAACAUCACAAAGUUAAUAUUAAUCGGAAUCUUUCCCUUAUGUCAAAUAUAAUUGAAGUAGAUGAAGAUGCUGGUUCUAUGCAGACAAGGAAAUCACAGAUGAUAUUAUAAAUUUAUUUCCAUAAUUACAUUAGUUUAAAUAAACUUGAUCAGUAAUGAAA